UCGUUUGGCCAUCUAAGAAUCAUUUCUCUAUUUGUUCUUGUUCGGCUCCAUGGCAUCACGUGACAAGAAACCUACGACGCCAUCUAGUAGCCGUACCGGCGGCAUACGAACUCUCUCCGAUCUGAACCGGAGGACAGGACCUGAUUCAGAUUCGGACUUCGAUGGUCCUCAAGAAUUCUACACUGGUGGUGAAAAGAAUGGUAUGCUUGUUCAAGAUCCUUCAAAGGGUAAUCUGAAUGAUGUUGAUGCUAUUUUCAAUCAAGCUAGAGAACUGGGAGCUGUUGAAGGACCUCUUGAACAUCUUCAUCCAUUCAUCUCAGGGGAAAGUGUACCAUCUGCACCUAAGCAGCCUGAGCCUCUCAUUCACAACAUUGUUUUCUGGACCAAUGGUUUUACUGUAAAUGAUGGCCCUUUGAGGAGGUUGAAUGAUCCUGAAAAUGCAUCUUUCUUAGAGAGCAUCAGAAAGUCUGAGUGUCCAAAAGAGCUAGAACCCGUGGAUAGAAGGUCUUCAGUUCAUGUCAAUCUGAUAAAGAAGGAUGAGAAGUGCCCUGAACGGGAGAAGCAUCAUGUUCCAUUUCAGGGCGUGGGAAGAACUUUAGGUAGUACCAGUACUCCAACAGCACCAGAACCAACUGUUGGUUCCACUCCUGACACUGCUCAAGCCCAUUCUGCAGGUCUGGUUGUGGAUGACAACCUACCAUCAACAUCAAUUCAGAUCAGGUUGGGUGAUGGAACCCGCAUGGUAGCACAAUUCAAUCUCCACCAUACAAUCAAUGACAUUCAUGCUCACAUUGAUGCAUCUAGACCUGCAAAUGCAAGAAAUUAUCAGCUGCAGAUGACGGGAUUCCCCCCUAAAGUACUUACGGACCGUUCUCAGACAAUAAAGCAGGCUGGCCUUGCCAAUUCUGUGGUUAUCCAGAAAUUUUAAUCAAGCUCCGUGCUCUCCGGUCACUUGUAUACAUGCACACUGGGAUUUGGAUAUGGUCUUAACCUAUUGAAAAAAAACAUAACAAAAUAAUUUAUAACAUGUUUAUAAUUUUAAUUUA